UCAUUUCUGGGACUGGCUGCGUUCUCUCCAACCAACCGCAUACGAGACAAAAGCUUGAAAUGCGUAUUCAGCGAUCGACGGACUAUAUGGAUUUAUAAAUAUUCCCAACAUAUAACUUUUAGUUCUGUUGAGUCUGGAGGGCAUUUUCGAUGAUGGGUCAUUCGCGGGUUUCUCGUCCAUUUUCGAUCUUUGUCCUUUUCUUUGUUCUGGCGCGCUGCGUAAAUGGAGACCUGAGUUACACCGUUCUGGAAGAGCUGAAGCCCGGAUAUCUGAUUGGAAAUGUCGCCAAAGAUCUUGGAAUCGAAAAGGGGCAAAUUUCUGCUCGAAAACCUCGUGUGGACAUGGAGGGCAAUGAGAAACCGUAUUGUGGGAUAAACGAGAAAAACGGAGAUUUGUUCGUUUCUGGUAGAAUAGACCGGGAGGAGCAUUGCGGGGAAAAGCCGACGUGCGUUCUGAAAUUCGAUCUGCUGUUAGAAAAUCCUCUGGAGCUGCACCGCUUAUCAUUGCAGAUCCAAGAUGUUAAUGACAACGCCCCGAUAUUCCAAAAAGACGAUAUGAAGCUGGAAAUUAGCGAAUCAGCUGACAAAGGAGCUCGGUAUCGCAUUGUUGCUGCGCAUGACGCAGAUAUAGGCCUGAACGCAGUUCAGAACUACGUUCUAAAGGAAAACCCUCAUUUUGUAUUUAAUAUCCAAACUACAAAUGCUGGUAAUAAAUACGGAGAACUGGUUUUGAAUAAAGAAUUAGACCGAGAGGAGCAGCAGGAGCUGAAAUUAUUGCUGACGGCUGUAGAUGGUGGUUCUCCUCAGAGAUCAGGGACUGUAGUCAUUCAUGUGACAGUACUUGAUGCUAAUGAUAACGCUCCUGUGUUUACUGAGUCUGUUUAUACAGCGAGUUUACAGGAAAACUCUCCUCUAAACACUCCAGUUAUCAGAGUGAGCGCAUCUGAUGCAGAUGAGGGAAUAAAUGGAGAGAUAACUUAUGAAUUCAGCCGAUUGUCUGAAAAAUCAAAGAAGCUUUUUUCACUUGAUGAGAAAACUGGAGAGAUUGUUGUGACAGGUGACAUUGAUUAUGAGGAGGGUUCAAAAUAUGAACUGAUGGUUGUAGCUAAAGAUGGAUAUGGUCUUUCAUCUGAAAGUAAACUAAUUAUUGAUAUUGCAGAUGUAAAUGACAACGCUCCAGUUAUUAACAUAAAAUCUCUGAUCAGCUCCAUUCCAGAGAACGCCCCUCCUGGUACAGAGGUGGGCAUCAUUAACGUGCAGGACAGAGACUCUGAGAGGAACCGUCAAGUCCGCUGUUAUAUUGAAUCAAACGCUCCUUUUAAGUUGGUUCCUUCUAUCAAAAACUAUUAUUCUGUGGUGAGCACAGGACAGCUGGACCGUGAACUAGUGUCUGAUUACAACAUUAGCAUCUUUGCCACUGACGAGGGCUCUCCACCUCUGUCCUCGUCUAAAAGUGUUCACUUAUCUGUAGCUGACAUCAACGACAACCCACCUGUGUUUGAGGAACAGUCGUACAGCGCAUAUGUGAGCGAAAACAACCAAGCUGGCUCCACUUUAUGUCGGGUGAGCGCUCGAGACCCCGACUGGAGACAAAACGGUACAGUGAUUUAUUCUCUGUUAGCUGCUGAGGUGAACGGAGCCCCGGUGUCCUCCUAUGUGUCUGUGAACGGAGACACGGGGCUGAUCCACGCUGUCAGGUCGUUUGAUUAUGAACAGUUGAGGAGUUUUCAAGUGCAGGUGAUGGCCAGAGACAACGGUUCUCCUCCGCUCAGCAGCAACGUGAGCGUGAGUGUGUUGAUCUGGGAUGUGAACGACAACUCUCCUCAGAUUCUGUACCCCGCCCCGGAGGGCAGCUCCUUCAUGACCGAGCUGGUCCCCAAAGCUGCACACGGAGGCUCUCUGGUGUCCAAAGUGAUCGCGGUGGACGCCGACUCUGGACAGAACGCCUGGCUGUCCUAUCAUAUAGUCAAAUCCACUGAUCCGGGACUUUUCACCAUCGGUCUGCACAGUGGAGAGAUCAGGACGCAGCGGGACAUUUCCCAAUCUGACAGCAUGAAACAGAACCUGAUUGUGGCAGUCAAAGAUAACGGACAGCCCUCUCUGUCUGCCACCUGUGCCAUGUAUUUACUCAUCUCCGAUAACUUGGCUGAGGUGCCAGAACUCAAGGAGAUUUCUUACGAGGAGAAGAACUCCAAACUGACUUCCUAUCUGAUCAUCGCUCUGGUUUGUGUGUCCACCUUCUUCCUGACCUUCAUCAUCAUCAUCUUGGGUGUGAGGUUUUGUCGCAGGAGAAAGCCCCGACUCUUGUUUGAUGGAGCAGUUGCCAUCCCCAGCGGUUAUCUGCCUCCUAAUUACGCAGAUGUUGACGGCACAGGAACUUUACGCAGCGCUUACAAUUAUGACGCCUACCUGACAACAGGAUCUCGAACCAGUGACUUUAAGUUUGUGUCUUCUUACAAUGACAACACGCUGCCUGCUGACCAGACUCUCAGGAAGAGUCCUACUGACUUUCUGGAGGCUUUUGAUGACUCUAGUGAUGCAUCCCAGGUAGGAAAAUAUUUCCCCCCUUUUUGGGAUUUUUCAGUUUCUUUUUUUCCUUUUAUUCUUUGAUGGUUUUAGUCUUUUUUUUUUCUUUCUUUCUUUGGUUUGUCAGUCACCAUGCCAAUCCAAAGCACUUUUUAUCUUUGAGUCUCUAUACGGCGCAAAGAUAAAUCUUACAGUCUUAACUACAGCAUUUAGAAAUAAUCGUUUUCUUUUAGAGCUAUAGGUUGAUGCUUUCAAUUUUGGUUAGUUUCGUGAGAAACUUCUUCCUUUUUUUUCUUUUUUUAUUGUAAUCUUUUGCAAGUAGUUGUGGUGCUCGUGCUGGUGGCUUGUUGGUUACAUUUACUUUUGAAAUUGUUGACUUUUAAGUUUGUGUCCCCCUAUAUGAUAACACAGUGCCCACUUAUCAAACUCUCAGGAAAGGUAUGAGAGACUUUGCAUAGUGUCUUAUAGAUGAUGAUUCUUCCCCAGAUGAAUGGGCUCCAUUAUGUCCUUCC